CUGACGUUCGAGACCAAGAACCCCAGGGAGCUGGCGGAGCGCUUGCGGUCGGUGUGCGGGAACCAGAGCAACGCCUACGCGCGGCUGCUGGAGUACCGGCUGAACGCCCUGCGCGGGCUCUGGAGCGCCCAGCGCCAGCUGGCCCUGGAGGAGCAGCACGACCGCGAGAGCUCGGGGGAUGAGGAGGCUCUGGCCUUGCUCAAACGCCAGGGCUUGUUACAGCAGCCCGAACAGGCGCCGUUUACUUCACGGAUGGGCCUUCUGCUGGUCUUUCCCCUCAUUCAGUCUCAAAGUAGAACAGACCCUUCUCUCUGUAACAUAACCGCUGAGGUGCUAUUGAAUUGCCUUCGAGACUGCCAGCCGUUGAGUUUGACUAAGGAACCAGCUGACUGUCUCAAUGGGAUAGAGUCUUUGCUGUGCUCCUGGCUGGAAGACACUUCUCCUUCAGGCCAACAGAUUCCAUAUAAGCAAAAAGAAAAUGCUGCUGCUGCCCUAGUUGCCUUGGCUUGUGCAAGAGGGUCGCUGAAAACCUUUGUUCAUACAGUGCAUCUAUUACAGAAACAGACUGAUCUAGGAUCCUUGCCUGUGGCUGAUGUAUUGUACAGGUUGUUGCUUUUGGAGGGAGGACCUGGAUCACCCUCUUGUUUGCUGGGAGGAAAGCACAUAGUGUCUUGGGGAUUUGAAGACAUGUUACCUGCACCUGAUGCCAACAGUAGUUCCAGCAGUGAAAAUAAAGAUGCAGACUUAGGGCGCUGUCUUGCAGCAGAUGGGCUCUAUCUUUAUACAACUAAUUCAGUGGGCAGAGGAAUCAGCAAAUUAGGCUCUGGAUUGCAUGGUACUCUGCGAGGUUUUGUGUACUGCCGUAACGAGGAGCUGGAGGCUGGGUGGGUUGCUUUUGGCAACAGCAAACUUCUUCAUCGGCCUGUCUCCUUUGAUAAUAAGCCUCACUCCCUUUUCCAGGUUGUGGAUCAGCAUACCCUUCAGGUAUGUCAAAUAAUCCCAAUGCCAGUAAAUCACUUCCCAGUUGGCAGUACUAUGACCACGGUGCAUCUUUCUUCAGAUGGUACAUAUUUCUACUGGAUUUGGUCUCCUGCAAGCCUCAAUGAGAAAACACCAAAAGGCCACUCUGUCUUUAUGGAUAUUUUUGAACUUAUAGUAGAAAAUGGCAUAUGUAUAGCAAAUCCUCUACAGGAACGAAUUAUAUUGAUGAGAAAAGAGGGUGAAUCUGCCAAGAGUAUAAACGAGAUGCUCCUGAGCAGACUGUCCAGGUAUAGAGCCUCCCCAUCAGCAACACUGGCUGCUCUCACAGGCUCUACCAUCUCCAAUACACUGAAAGAGGACCAAGCAGCGGCAAACACAAGCUGUGGGCUGCCACUGAAGAUGUUGAGGAAGACUCCAAUAUACACCUGUGGAACAUACCUGGUGAUGUUGGUGCCACCCCCAGGUGGGUCAGGCAGUUCUGCAACACGCUCCCUUUUUGGAGGAACAAGUGCUUUGUCAUCUUUAAAAAUUCUUGCUUCGAGCUUGGUGUUCAAUAUUUCGGAUGGGCAGUUCACAAGCAGAGCAGAUCUCAUUGAUGCUGCAGGAAGUUCACUUGGACGUGGUGCUUUAGUUCCAGGACUUGGUGCCUGUUAUGAUACUAUGAAUAACAUGAUAUGGACAUGCUCCAAUGAUUAUAUUGAUCAGUGGUGUAAUCCUGGGAACCAGGCAUUCCACUGUGUCUGCCAGAGACUGGGUGUGAGUCACAUCAUUACAGAGCCCAAAGGGGAUGCAACAACCACGAAUGAGGUUAUUAACCAGUUACUGCACCAUGUUGGUGCCAUGUGUAUCCACCAACUCAACCUGCUUGCAGCCAGCAACAGUCUUCCCAUAACAAAUUUUCUGGGCAAGCAGCAUCCAAUUGAAGCACAUCACCUCAGCAGUAUUUGUGACAUUAUGGAAAAAGCAAUGGUGAAUGGAGAUACUUGUAUAAUACGCUGCAUCCUUGUUGUCUUUCAGGUGGUUUUUAAAUUUUUCUUCAGCCCACAAACUGAAAGAAACAGAGAUAUUGUUAGAAGGUCUGGUCUCUUACUUUGGCAGUUGCUGAUGGCACCAAGGGAUCAGAUUUGCUCUGAAAUUCAGAAGGAGGUUUGUCUAGCUAUUAGCUCUGGUUUAAAUAUCCUGUAUCCUGGAGAAGCAGAAAUCAAUAAUUUAUUGAAAUUGGUCUUAACUGAAGGAGAGAGGAAUAGUGGUCUCUCUCAGCUUCGUGACGUUAUCCUGACUAAUUUAGCUGAACAGCUUCAGAACAACAGAUUUGGAAGUGAAGAUGAUGAUCAUUAUAGACUAAAUGAUGAGCUGUUGCACUACAUUCUCAAGAUCGUUGUACGAGAAUCUUGUGUCUUAAUCACCAAGUGCCAAACUGUAUCUAAAGAUGAUUUUCAAAGGCUUCUUUCAACUGUGCCUGCUGCAUCUUCGUGUUUGCGGUACCUGAUGGCUGUACAGAACCACCUCCUCAGUAACACUAUUUUGAUAAAACCUGAUGAAAAUGAUGACAGUGACAGCUCCUUGCAGGGAGAGACAUUGAAGGAGCUGAAGACCAGCAUUUUGUCUCUUGCUACACAAAUUCUGACAGGAUGUGAUGAAGUCUUAGAAAUGCUGCAGCAAGUGACUACAGCCCUAAUAAACAGUGAUAUUUCUGACAGAGAGCAAAGAUUAAAAGGCCUGGAGCAAAUUACCAAGGCCACAAUGCUGGGUCAUCUGCUUCCUGUCCUGCUGACAUCUCUGAUGCAUCCAAACCUGCAAACUCUAACCAUGGCUGAUGCCUUGAUGCCUCAGCUGGUGCAGCUGGUUCUUUACACCAGUCAGACUGCACUGCUGCUUAAAACUCAGUCUCCAGUUUUCUCAGAACUGAACAGUUCCCCCAGUGGUGCAUCAGAACAGAAAGGGAAGCUGUUAUCUGAUGAGAGAAUGCUGGAGGAGAAAGAAGAACCAGGUUUUCUUACUGGUUUGAAGAUCCCUGCUCCCUGGGCUGCAGGGAAGACUGUAGAAACAGUUCAUCCUGUCAGGGAUAACUAUAAAUUUAAAGAAACUGUCCAUAUUCCAGGAGCCCGCUGUUUGUAUCUUAGAUUUGACAACAGAUGUUCUUCACAAUAUGAUUAUGAUAAGUUGGUGAUCUAUGCUGGUCCUAACACAAACAGUAGGAAGGUUGCUGAGUAUGGAGGCAAUACACUGGGAUAUGGCAGCCGUAGUGUCUUAGGAACUGGUUGGCCGAAAGACUUAGUAAAGGUGGAAGGAGAUACAGUCACCUUCUCCUUUGAAAUGCGGAGCGGGCGUGAGCACAACACCCCAGACAAAGCUAUGUGGGGCUUUGCUUGCACAGUUCGAGCACAGGAGUCUUCAGAGGAUGUGUCAGGAGGUUUGCCAUUCUUAGUUGACCUGGCACUUGGCCUUUCUGUCUUAGCCUGUUCAAUGCUGCGAAUAUUAUACAAUGGACCAGAAAUUACCAAAGAUGAAGAAACCUGUCAGGAGCUCUUAAGAUCUAAACUAUUACAAAGGUGCCAGUGGCAGGUGGAAGCUAAUGGUGUAAUCUCUCCAGCCCUUACACCAAGUCCUUCUCCAUUGCCUCUUACUAUCGAUGAGGACAGAGAAUUCACAUAUCCUUCUGAUGUUCUAGUGCCUCCUGUUGGACACUACUUUGAUCUGCCUAGGAUUAGGCUGCCUCCAGGAAUCAUGAUAAAACUCAGGGAAAUUUCUGGACGGGCUCGGCCUCAAUUUAGACCUAGCAUAAAGGAAGUGAUUCAGCCAGAAGUAAUGGAGGAGAUGGUAGUUUCGUGUGUGAUUAAACAUCUGAAUUUGGUUGAUGCACUCCAGUCUCUGAUAAAUUUCCAGUAUCAGGAAGAACAUGCUGAAGAAUAUGAUUUACUUUGUAAAAUUAUGGGCGAGACCUUUAAGAAGCUAAAUGCCAUGGAGAGACAAUUGCAGAGUGUGGCUGAGCUGGAGCAGAAAUGGCAGAAUGAGGUGGAUGAUGCCAUGCAUGGGAAGCUGGAGAACAAUGUCCCAUUCUUCUAUGAUUAUCACUUCAACGAGAGCAAGAUGAAAGAACUUGAACUUCUGUGUUCAAUGAAAGAAGUUUGUUUUGAUGGAAGUGAUCUGGAGAACGUGGUCCUGGCAUUGAGGGAGAAGUUUUUUCAGGAGGUGAAUUCCCUGAUUCAGAAGACUUAUCAUCCCCUAGCAAAAACAAAAACAUUAGUUAAGAGCUUGAUGAACAGAGCAGAGCUGUUAUUACAUGUCACUAUUGCAGCACAGUCUGGUAUCACAAGAAGUAUAUCUGGGACCCCUGCAGAGACUCCAGCCUGUAAAUCAGCAUCUGAAACCAAAGUGAUCUCCCAUGCAGUCCGGCAGCCCGUCUUCCUUCGCAGCAUGUCAGCCCCAUCUGACCUAGAGAUGAUCGGCAACGAAGACCUCGAGUUUGCUCGAUCCAGUCAGAGGCGCCGCCACGUCACCAGCCACAGAAGCAGCUCCUUCACUCUCCUCCAGUCCCUGACCAUUGAGGACAGCAGAGACAAACCCACAUACAGUGUCUUACUGGGACAGCUCUUUGCUUUCAUCGGGACAAAUCCCGACCAAGCGGUGUCCAGCAGCAGUUUCCUGCUGGCCGCUCAGACGCGGUGGCGGCGCGGGAACACACGGAAACAGGCCCUGGUGCACAUGAGGGAGCUGCUGACGGCUGCUGUGCGGGUCGGUGGCGUGACACACCUCGUAGGCCCAGUGACCAUGGUGCUUCAGGGAGGACCCAGAAUUGAAGAGCUCACGUGUGGUGGGAUGGUGGAACAAGUCCAGGAAGCUUUUGGAGAGACUAUGACAUCUGUGGUCUCUCUGUGUGCUCGUUACCCCAUUGCUUGUGCGAAUAGCAUCGGCCUCUUGUGCACCAUACCUUACACCAGGAGUGAAGAGAAGUGUUUGGUGCGUAGUGGCCUGGUGCAGCUCAUGGACAGGCUGUGCAGUUUAAGCAGCCAGACAGAAUCCAGUUCAAAUGAAAAGCAAACUAAGAAACAGAAGGUGGCCACCAUGGCUUGGGCUGCCUUCCAGGUGCUAGCCAACCGAUGUGUGGAGUGGGAGAAGGAAGAAGGUGGUUCCACAGAAGCUGUUCACUCUGGCCUGGCUCGGCAGGUCUCCAGCCUGCUCACCAACCACCUCGCCCGGGCUACCGAGUGCUGUGGCAACCAGGCCGCAGGCAACGACGCCCUGCAGGAUGUCCUCAGUCUUCUUAACGACCUCUCCAG